GCAGUAUUUUUCCUUUCCUGGAGAGCUCCUCAUGAGGAUGCUGAAGAUGCUGAUCCUGCCCUUGAUCACCUCCAGCCUCAUGUCUGGGCUGGCCACCAUGGACUCCAAGGCCUGUGGGAAGAUGGGGGUGAUCACCAUCACCUACUACCUUUGGACAACCUUCAUGGCAGUGACUGUGGGGAUCAUCCUCGUGGUCAGCAUCCAUCCUGGUGCAGCUGCCCAGAAGGACAACUACUCUGUGGGGAAAGUGGUGCUCAGCUCCGCCGACGCGUUACUGGAUUUGAUCAGAAACAUGUUUCCUUCUAACCUGGUUGAAGCUUCGUUCCAGCAGUACCGAACUGUUCUUGUCCCAGUGGUGAAGUCUCCUGGAUUUCCAAAGAUCCCAGGAAAACCUGUCAAUUUUAUUUACUUUGCACCUGAUGACAAAAACCCUGAAAUCCAUCGGCCUGUGUUCCUUGAGCUGACACCAUCACCUGAGAUGACAUACAGGACCCUGGCUGGGACCAGCAAUGAGAUGAAUGUCCUGGGCAUUGUCAUCUUCUCAGCAACCAUAGGACUUCUCCUGGGAAAAAUGGGUGAGCGAGGAGCCCCGCUGGUUAACGUGUGCCAGUGUCUGAAUGAAGCAGUUAUGAAAAUUGUCUCCAUGGCCGUUUGGUACUUCCCCUUUGGCAUUAUAUUUCUCAUAGCUGGAAAGAUCUUGGAGAUGGAAGAUCCAUCGGUUAUUGGACAGAAGCUGGGACUGUAUGUCAUUACAGUAGUGUCAGGGCUUGCCUUGCAUGGAAUCAUCCUCUUACCUCUGCUUUUUGUGCUCAUCACCAAGAAAAACCCCUUUGCUUUCAUUCAGGGGAUACUGCAAGCCUUGCUGAUCGCCUUAGCUACAUCCUCCAGCUCAGCCACCCUGCCCAUCACCCUCAAGUGUCUCCUGGAGAACAACGGCAUCGACAGACGCGUGGCGCGCUUCGUGCUGCCCGUCGGGGCCACCAUCAACAUGGACGGCACCGCGCUCUACGAGGCCGUCGCUGCCAUCUUCAUCGCCCAGGUCAACGAGUACGAACUGGAUCUGGGGCAAAUCAUAACUAUCAGCAUCACAGCCUCAGCAGCCAGCAUUGGGGCUGCUGGGAUCCCUCAGUCCGGGCUCGUCACCAUGGUCAUCGUGCUCACCUCCGUGGGGCUGCCCACCGAGGACAUCACCCUCAUCAUCGCCGUCGACUGGGCUCUGGACCGGCUGCGAACGAUGACCAACGUCCUCGGGGACGCGCUGGCUGCUGGCAUCAUAGCUCAUGUCUGCCAGAAGGACUUUGCCCCAAAGGCCCCCCCGCAAAACCCAGUGAGCAACACAGAGAAGCUUCCUUCUUCAGAAACCUCACAACUGCAUCCCAAAGGCAAUGGGAUUGAAAUGACAGAGGAAACCCUGUUGGAUCAGACAGGAGUUCACUAUAACAUCUGCCAGGUGUAGAUAACAGCAUUCCUGCUCCCAGAAAUGGCAUCUUGGUGCUAAACACUGACAUUGUGAGUGUCGCAUAUGGAUGCUCUGCAAGAUAAAGGCC